GACGUACUAAGCGAGUAAUCACUACAAGUAGCGGUAGUGACAAUGUGGUACGCAGCAUAUCAUGCUGCUUCGAGACACGGGGUUUUCAGGUGGGUGUUGGAGACAGAGAAGGCGACCAAGUGUUAGGUGACUGAGCGAGCGAUCUUGUCGAAGAGAGACCUCAUUAUAUUUGACAAUUCAAUCGUCACUGCCUGCGAGGACAUUGCGGAAUGACCGGAUCUAAUCACAGGCUAGGUCUGAAGACAUUGAUACGAGUUUUGGAUAUCGGAUCACCAUCAGCGGCAGGGUUGCAAGCAAAGCAGGGCAGGGCAGAUUACCUCGGAGCUGCACUACCCUGGUUGUUCCGGACACCAUUGAAUACCUGCCGGUCUUGGCCAGGAGUCUACUAGUACUAGUGGUAGUACUACGACGUGGCUUGUCUGGCUAUGGCUGCUAGUGUACAGCGUAACAGGCUCAGGUGCACAGAAGCAAGUGACUCCAUGGCUCCAGAACCGUUGACUGUCACCCGUCAACUAGCACGUGGCAUCAUGUCAAAGUAAUGUCAAUCCCCAGCCCAGGUCGCACCACCUCAACUCACACUGUCACAGCUCUAACAGUGGAUGGCUGGCGUAAGUAAGUACAGUGGAUGGCUGGCAUUGGCUGGCGUAAGUAAGUACCUGAGAGCAGUAGAGCAAUUAGUAGUGUGCGAGCUCAGAGAAAGGCAAGUAUAGUCUGACUUCGUAUGAUAAUAAUAUUAUGGCCGGCUGAUCAAGUAACAUCGCAGACACCAUGCCUAUGCCCAUACAGGACGACGGGCAUAGUACUGGAGGCAUAGCGAUGUGUGAGUGGACUUGCAGCCGCAGUGUGACAACGGGAGCUUGACCCACCUAUCCGUACAUCAGUAUCAUUCUGCUAAUUCAAGCCAGGGAUGCAGCAGCAGCAGCAGUAGCAGCAGGGGAGACGACCAUUACCAACAUGCAUUACCGACAUGCACUACUUCGGCACUUCCACGCAAGAACUCAACUUCGCAUCGCCGGCAAGCACCAAAGCAGGAAUAGAGAUCUGCAUCAAGGCCGUGGACAGGAAUUUGUAAGUGGAAGAAAGGUGUGCACUAGAAAGGCGCCCUGCUCCAAGGUGUGCGCAGAAAUUAUGCGUGCCGAUCCAUCAUUUUCAUUGUCUUCACCAGACAGCCAGUCACGACAGGACAAGGAUGAGCGGCAAGAACAGCAUAAAAUAAGCGAGAGAUCAAGGCGUGCUGUGCAGAAAGAGGCGGAGGUGAAGUUGCGCGAAACACUGAACCUAGCUCGAAAUAUCUCUCAGCAAUGUGUACUGGAAGAAUCAAGUCAGUUAAUACAGGAGUUGAUCAAGAACCAAGGUCAGUUGGCUGCUGAGCAGUACUGGCUGUGCCGGACCAGACUAGACUUACAGCAGGCUCUGUUUGAGAUGAGAAGUGGAGCGGCGCCCAGAGUCCCGGACCUAAGGCCUGCAAUUGGCCCCAGUCCCAUGGUGUAUCAGCAUCCCAUACCCCAACCAGCACACGCCGGUGAGCUCACAAGAUCACUCCCUGCAUUGCCUGUGAACCAGCCAUCCGACACUCCUGGCCGCCGUCUGAACUUGCCGCUAGCUACAGCAUCUAUAGUGACUGCUGCAGUCCCGGUGCACAGUCCUCAGUUUGCUUCAGUCAGUGUCUUCAAUCCACCACCGCCACCCAGGCCGGCUGAUGUAGCUGUACCGCAGCCGAUACUGCACUUAUCCAUGCCAGCCACGCGGGGCAGCAUGCAGGGCCCAGUAGCCCGUACUGUGGUGAUGAACAGACCCACCGCUUUGCUGCAUCCAGAACCUACCAGUGCUAGUGCCGUUCAAACAACUACGCCACUUCUUCGGCCAGCCGCCAUGCUGAUGGCAGUCCCAUUGGGCCACAUACCCAUGACUGCAUCCGUUGCAGUCCUGCCUGCUGAGCGCAACCUGGCUGCUACUCCAGUCAGUGCAAGUACCUCAGGAGCAGCUUCCAGUCCACAAGUGCUAGCAAAGCUGACCAGGGAGAGGGCUAACACCAUGGCUGGUCAUAUUCCGCCGCCCAAGACAGUUGCAAUCACACCUAGCAGCGGUGGAGUGCACCCUGAGCCAAGGCUGAUAGCUCAAGGACCUCUUCAACCAGACACUAUUGAGAACAUGCCUAAUCUUCCUGCUCUAGAGCCAUUGAUAUCGUCCCGGUCAUCUUCGGAUAGCCAAUCCACAUCCUCACGGCAUGACUACAUGGCACGGCGUAACACAACCACCACUAUGGAACCAGACUAUCACAAUAGCAAGGCGUCAGCCUCAAUAUCACAAUUAGCUGCCGUUAGCAACGCCGCUGUGGACCAAGCACAGUGGGAACGCACCGAGUCCAAGAAUCCACCGGAAGGUCUUUCCAGCAGGGGAUCCAAUGCUCCAACCUUUGCCGUUCCCAUAGCACAUAACAGAAGUGCGGACAAGCACCCCUACGUUGGCUGGAAUCAGCCGGCAUAUGAUGCUAGAAUCACAGCCAACACACCGCCCCGACACCAACCAUAUCAACAUGAUGCCCAGCUGUCGUGGAAUCUGUAUGAGCAAAGCGAGGAAGAUGUCAAGGAAGAAUUUGAUUGUUAUCAGCCUCCACAGCUGAAACAACCAUCACCAUCAAACUGGACCACGGUACAUGAAAUCCAGGCACCCGGCCGACUACAUGGCUACACCACUACAGCUCCUCAGCAGGCAAGCAGUCAUGUACCUUCUACGUCCAACUGUGUUCCACUUCUAAAGAGGGCACGGAAGCCAUUUCAACGGCACCGGCCCUACCUUCUUCCACACAGCCAGGCACAAAGAGGACAACGGCAGGAGUUCACAGCAUAUGACCGCUCCCAGUCACCUGACCGCUCCCAGUCACCUGACCGCUCCCAGUCACCUGGCUCGUCUCAUGACAUCACUGUCAUUUGAAAACGGAUAUCGGACAGAGCUGACAGAGCUAAACAGUACGCUAACGACAUAAGAUCCCACAGAUUAAAUUUUGCAACAUCUGGCCUGCUGAAAUUUCAUCACAAUGUCACAGUCUAGUUCAAGCUUCUAGUUUCUCCAAGUAGAUAAGAAAACUCGAAACUAGUGCAGGCCAAUUUGCAUGUGUGACAUUUUUGGCACUAGUUUGAUCAUGGGCGAUACAGGAGUUUGUAAGCAUCUCAAAGGAGACAUCAAUUACAACGCUAAACGUAUGUUCCUGUCUAAAGCUAUGUUCCUGUAUCACUUGACUUUUACUGUAGUUCUUCUCCACAUACCUGCUAUCGAAUUAACAUUUUAUUUUGGCUGCGGAAACCUCCUCGAUAUGCUCUGGCCUUUGAGCUAUCCCUUACAUAAAUAAAUACAAAUUGAGCAUCGCCUGCCGCGCUAGCUGUAACCUUGGUUAUGUGACUAGAUAUUGAUCAUUUGUUGAUUUUAUCUGCUCUGCUCUUCCAUGUAUUAUCAUGCGGUAUUGUUGUAUGUUCGAAGAGAAUUGGUGAGCACACAUGCUCAUUCCCUGG